GCAACACUGCAGAUUCUCACUCUCUCUCACGCCCUCUCGUGACUCGCUCACUGUCCUUCCCUCGAUUUCUCUCUCUUCUUACUCACUCUCUUCUUUUUCUCACUCUUCUCGCUUCCUAUUCCCCUCUCCUCUCCUUUCCCUUCCUCUCCUCUCCUCUCUUCCUUCUCCUCUCCGCUCCUCCGCUUCUCCCUAUACCUCAUCCGCUCUACCGCAUACUUAGCUCCAUUUACCUGCAUCAACUACCUACCCAACUACCCAACACCCAACCCUUUCUCUUGCAUCUGAGUCACUAAUUCCUGUCACCAAGUUCUCCUCCCCUCACAGAACUAUCGCAACACAACGAUGAAACCAUGAUCACCAGCCCUACCACAUCCCCCGGCAAUGGCGUCGUCGGGGGCUACACCGGUUCGAGUACCGCCAUCCGCAUCGCCAUUGCAACACUAGCGGCCAUCAGUUGGUACAACGCCGUGGAGCUGGUCAUCCUCGUCUUUGUGACCUUUGCCCAAUUCCGGGGCCCGUACUUCUGGUCCCUGUUGGUCUCCUCUCUGGGCCUUAUUCCUUAUUCUACCGGCUUCCUCCUCAAAUACUUCGAACUCGCCCCGGCCGCCCUGUCGGUGACAUUGAUCACCGUCGGCUGGUACACCAUGGUGACCGGGCAGUCCGUGGUGCUGUACUCGCGGCUGCACCUCGUCCUGCCCAGUCCACGCAUCCUCCGCCAAGUCCGGUACAUGAUCAUCAUCGACGCCAUCCUCCUGCACCUGCCGACCACGGUGCUCACGUAUGGCUCCAACCUCGCGCCCUCGAAAGCCCCCUUCAUUGCCGGCUACAACAUCAUGGAGAAGAUCCAGAUGACCUGUUUCUGCCUGCAGGAGUUUAUCCUGUCGGCGCUCUACAUCUGGGAGACGGUGCGCAUGCUGCGCCUCGACCCCGACCGCGGCAAGCGCAAAAUCAUGUACCAGCUCGUGGCGAUCAAUCUCAUUAUCAUCUUCCUGGAUCUGGGGUUGCUGGUCAUCGAAUACCGCGACCUCUACAUCAUGGAGACGAUGAUCAAGGGCGUCAUCUACAGCGUCAAGCUCAAGCUCGAAUUCGCCGUCCUCGGCAAACUGGUCCUUCUCGUGCGCGGCCACCACGUCUGGAAAUGCGACUCGGCCAUCGCCGUCAGCAGUCCCCCACCACCGCCGACGGCAGUCCCCGACGAGCACCACCACUACCACUACCACCCUCACCACCCAACGAUAACAACCAACACCCCCACCACAACAACAACAACCACCACCACCACCACCGGCCGCCUCGACUUCCCGGAUUUUGUGGAUGCCACGCGCGUGACCUCGGACGUGACACACCCGGGCACCCACGCACCCAUCGCGACCCGCCGCCGCUCGCACCCCUGGAUGGACAGCGAGGACGUCUCCAUUGCGAUGUUCGAGCACGCGACGUGCACGACGACGCGCAGCACCAGUAUCAGCGCCCGCGGCCCGCACACGGGCCACUCGGACGUCUCGCAUUCGUGGAGCGGCGAGACGCAGACGAACAACUCGUUUCUGUCGACCACGGGUGAGGAGCGGGAGCUCAGCCCGGUGGACUUUACGGGGAACUGGGGGAAGCCACCGGAGAGUUACUAGUUUUCUUCUUGUGGUUGGGGGGUGGUUAUGAGGUUACAUGUCAUGAUUGUAUGAGUCACGAUGUUUAUGGCCGCUGCUGGUUCCUGGGAGUGUUUAUAAUAGCGGGUUCCUAAUUAUGCACAUACUGAUUUUGGGGGGUUUGUUACUGUGUACUGUGUACUGUGUACUGUGUGCAUCUUAAAGAUACCCAGUUUGGUUUAGAUUAACUUGGUGGUAGUGGUGCGAGUCAACAGCAUGAGCAUAGACAUACGUCAGGC